AUGCCUCGUCAGCGUCUCACAACGGAACGUGUGUUGGCAGAGUUUGAACGUGUGAUUCAGUCCAAUCGCCAUUUUCAUCUCAAUGAUAGUGUGGAUGUCAAUGUUGUUCAUGUGGAAAUGCCUCGUGGCGGUACAGGUACGAAACAGGCCGAAAUUAAUUUGGAAAAGCAUUUGAUGAAGAAAUGCUCAAUCAUACGGAUCCGGAACAAUGAUCAACUUUGUUUGGCGAGGGCCCUGGUCGUUGCGAAAGCCAAAAUUGAUAACGAUCCCCAGUAUACGGGCAUUGUUGAUCAUCGGAGGGCUAUGCAAACCCGUUUGGCUCGUGAAUUACAUCAAAAAGCUGCCGUCCCUUUGGGUCCCUGUGGACUUAAUGAAGUAAAACAGUUUCGACGUACCUUUCCGAUUAUCAAAUUAAUAUUGUGUCCAAAGAUCAUCAGAACGCUCUUAUUUAUAUUGGUCCCGAUCAAGAGAAGAGAAUUUAUCUGUACCUUCACGAUAAUCAUUACGACAUCAUUACCAAGAUGCCGGGGUUUUUUGCUCGUAAAAAGUAUUGCCAUACAUGCAAGAAAGCUUAUGAUCAUCGAGAAGAUCACCUAUGCCCGAAUGCUUGUCCAUGUUGUCGUUUUCCCGACUGUCCCGUUGAGUCUGGGUUCGCUGCAAUGACUGUAACCGAAUGUUCAAAAGUCAAGCAUGUUUUGAUCGACAUAAACAGUCAAGUGAAAAAUCGAUCUGUGCGACGAUGGUUAAGUGCUCGGAGUGUCAUAGAAUUAUCAAGCGCUAUAAAAGAGAUUCGCAUCAUUGCGGUAUGA